AUGCUGCGUCAAAUUAUUUCCGGUUUAGCCGUGUUCGGCGGGCUAGCUCACGCUUCUACGGGGACGAGCUACUCGUUCAAGACUGAAGGUGCAUGUUCGACGGCAUCAGGAACUGGUGGUACGGUACCGAUGUCUCUUCCAACAUCUACAACUACUAGCACCGUCUCAUCAGUCGUUACGGAGAAAGAGGUAACAGUACCAUCAACAUACAAGAUCACCGCGGAUCCAGUAACGACAACGGUGCUCACCCAGUCAGCAUUUAACUGGACUACAACCACUAAGACUCUUCCCGUUAGCACUGCUUGGCAAGUAGCUCAAUUGACUGUCGCAACCGCGACAUGGCCAGUUACUGUUUGUACCAACGAUGUUACUCCGACUACCGUGACGAAAUACAGCGGUAGUUAUACACCUGUCUCUGGUCAAGUCACUACGAUUCCUACUUCGUAUCCGUCGCAGGUUGUAUGCGCAACUGGUGUGACGUGGUUCACCUAUUUACUUCCAACAGCAACUUCUGGUGUUACAACUAUAACGGUUACACCUACAAGCACGGUGUUUGCCCCUACGACCACUACCACGAGCACCAUCUCGUUGACAGCUACAACUUGGGCAUCGACCGUCACGAGUCCCACCACCAGUUACCAUGCUACGACAAGUAUUGUGACGACAAGUAUAGCUUGCGAAGCUACAACCACAACCACGUUAGCCGCUAAAUGUGCGCCCACGAAUAUUAUUUCGGGGAUUGAUAAUUUCGGUCUUGUCUCUGGUAAAUAUGCCGACAACGCAACGGUUAUCUAUAUUCGCGACGAUACCUAUAAUGACCCAAGUCUUUGCUGCCAAUUAUGCCAGGACAAUGAUGGGUGCGCGGCUAUUAUGUCUGGAUUUUCGGGGUAUUGUGGCUUGUAUUAUGUUGGAACACCAGACGAGAGCCCGGUUUGUGAUUUCACGUUUUCGUACCAGUCCCAAUCGAAUGUGUUUCCGGGACAGAGCCUCUGGGUACAAACAGGGUGCGGAUCGAUCGAAUAUACUGGAGGUGAUGGUGUAUAA